AUGAAAUACCUGGAAGAACCUCAAUUAUCAUGGCUCAACUCGAUUCUAAGUAAUUACGAGAUUGGUGAUCGUGUACUGAAUGGUAAAUUAGAAACAUAUUCAUGCAAAAAAGCAGGAAGUGACAAACGUUUAGCCAAAAAUCUAGAGCUUUAUUAUCAACAGGAGAUUGAAGCCGCUGCUGCUGCGAAUCUAGUAGGCUCGUCGCCUUUAGGACCCAUUGCUUCUCCUGCUACACGUAAACUACUGAUCAAUCUCAUUUCGACAAUGAAUGCAAGUUUUCCAGACUAUGAUUUUAGUGCUGUUAAACCCGAACAAUUUCGUAAAGAACCGGACUUUCGAAUACCGUUGCAACGGAUUAAUCAUGACUUGGCUGAACUCUUGGAUGCUGAAGGCAAUGGGUUUGUCGAGAAGAUGUGGGAAGGUGUGGCCGAGGCAAUUAAACUUGACGAGUGUGACGUGUAUAGUUACAUUCCUGAUAUGGACUCGGGGGACCCGUUCUCCGAUGGGAAUUUGUGGUCCUUUAACUAUUUCUUCUACAACAAAGUACAAAAGAAAGUGCUUUAUUUUACAUGCAUUUGCAAAGGAUUAACCUAUAAUACCGAGACGGAUGAUGAGACCAUGGAAGAACAACGUAUUGCUACAGACGAUGAUGGAGAAGAUGUUGUGGAAGAUUAUUUUGGUAUUUCACCAGACUGGGAGGACGGUUCGUAA